AUGUGGCGCCGCAAGGAGCGCACCGCCUUCAGCCGGCUCCAGGUGCAGCAGCUGGAGGCCGAGUUCCUGGACUCCAACUACCUGUCCAGGCUGCGGAGGUACGAGAUCGCCGUCGCGCUGGGGCUGUCCGAGCGCCAGGUGAAAGUCUGGUUCCAAAACCGGCGGAUGAAGUGGAAAAGGACGCGGGGGGAGGUCGUGCCCGCCCAGUUCCUGGACUGCAGCACGCCCUGCAGCACGCCAUCGAGACUGUCGCCUCCACCUUCCACACUCGCGAGGGCCCGCGGACGGUUGAAAACGGCGGUCGGGGGUGAAGAUUCAUGAAGACGUGUUUUGUAUUCCCUUCUUUGUGUGGUUGUGAAAUGUACGUAUCAGACCGCAAUAAACUAUUUUUUUACCGCA